UGGAUGUGUUUGGACGCACAUUAAAAAUUGUGUAUAUUUUCAGAUAUUUCAUAACUUAUUGAUUAUACAGAUUUCAUACGCCUAUGGUAAAUAUAUUUAAGAAAAUAUAAAAAUGAAUUUCGCCAAGUUGUACAGCAGUUAUGAGCUGCUUUCGGAAGCUAAGGACAAUUUUACUGAGCUUGGAACUGAAUAUAAAGUCGCAAUUAAUGCUACAAAAGGAAGUGAGAAGGAAAAACAAUUGGCAGCCCAAAUAAUAUCCAAAUUCUUUAAACAUUUUCCUGAUUAUCAGAAUGAUGCAGUUGAGGCAAUUUUUGAUCUGUGCGAGGAUGAUGAUAUGUCUAUACGUAUUGCUGCUAUAAAAACAUUACCAUCAUUUUGUAAGGAGAGUAAUAAGUACAAUGCAAGAGUUGCAGAUAUUUCUGCUCAGCUCUUGCAACUGGAAGAUCCACAAGAACAUAACAUUGCUAGUAGCACUUUAUUGCAAGUACUUAAAGAUGAUCCAACAACAGUACUGAAAUCUAUGUUCAAAUUGAUUAAUGAUAAAACAACAGAGUUACAAUUAAGAGAAAAAAUGUUGAAGUUUAUAUUGACUAAAGUUAAAACAAUGGAUAAGGCUGUAUUUACAGCUGAAUUAGAAGAGUUGUUGUUGACUGAAGUUAAAUCAACUUUGCAAGAUUGUACUGCUGAAGAGUAUAUAUUAUUGAUGAAUUAUUUAGUCUCUUCCAAGUAUUGCAAUACAAUAACUGCACAACAAGAGCUGAUAGAUAUAGCCUGUGAGCAAAUUGAGAUGGAUCAGAAAUUUAAUCCAUUGGAAGAAGAUAGCAAUAACACAGACAAAUUAAUUACAUGUGUUAAAUUUAUAUUGCCAUUUUUUUCUGCUAAAAUCGAAUCAAGUAAAUUUAUAUUAUUUUACUGUGAUCAAGUUCUAUCACAAUGGGAAACAAUUGGAAAUUUAGAGUUAGGUACCCAAUAUCAAUUGGCUAUUGCUCAACAAUUAGCUGAAAUGUCUAUGUACUGUGGCAAUUUGGAAACUCCAAGUACCCAAAUAGUACAAAUUUUUGAUAAACUGAAGAUGUAUAUGCCUUAUCCUUCUGAAGAUACGUCUUCCACAAAAAUGCCAGAAUUUAAUUUCUCCGUCGUUGAAAGUUUACUGUUUACUUUCCAUCGCCUAGCCAGACAAUCGCCAGAUUUCUUAACCUGUGAUCAGUCGGUUUUGAAAGAUUUUAGAUCAAGAUUAAUGUACUUUUCGCGUGGUGUCCAAGGAUGUUUGAAAGUGUUGAAUUUAACUGACAAGGAAAAGAUUUUCUCACCUGAGGAGAAGAAAGUUAGAGAGAUGUCGCCAAAGCUAUUAAACAACAUCAAUACGUUAAUUAAAGACUUGUUCUACCAGCCGCCAAUUUAUAAAUGCAACGUAUCGUUAUCCUUUAAGCUAGAGACGAAGAAAACCAAUGUAACAAAAUCACCAGAGAUUGGCACUAAACGCCAUGUUCCUAUUUUCUUUGAAAGCAAUGGAGCAUCGAACAACAAGCAAAGUAAACAAUCCAGGAAUAUCGUUGGAGAAAAACGGAUUUACACUCCACCAAGCGGGAAGUUCAGCCAUAACUUUCAUAACAGAGAAGGAAAUAAUAGAUUCUGGGGCGGACGCGGUGGUCCCAGCAGAGGUUCAAGAGGCAGAGGGAGAGGAGCGUAUAGGAACUAGCUACUAUCCAUUUCAGACAAGUUUUUUUCAAUUUUUAUUGAGUUUGUGUUUUAUUUAACACAAUAAGAGUAUAAAAACUAAAUAUAUAUAUGAAUUUUAUUAAUACACAAAUACAUUACAUAGAAUCAACAACAUUACACUUAAUUCUAUUUAAUAUAUCACGAUGAGUCCUCAUUUGCGUUUGAUUUCGAUGUAUUGUCUGAUGAGUUUAGAAUAUUUGUAUCAAUAAAUAAUUUUGAAUGAACAUGAGCGCAAUUUCUUAGCUUACUACAAAAUCCUCU